AUGGAUUCUACCUUGGAGAAAACUACCGCCCCUAUGCGGAGCACUAAACGAAAGGCUUCGGACUCUCCUGCCCGUGUACCUCCCGCGAAACGAUCGGUUAAUGGCAAGCCGCCGAGCGAAGAAGAUGUGGAAUAUGUGGAGAUAGAGUUUGACGAGCAGUCGGAACUCGAUGAGCACCUGCACGCUCACCCGGCCAUGUAUAUCGGCACACCGGGCAGCUUGGGAGAGUGGCAGGAUACAAUACAAAAAGUCGUGCGGAAUGUGGUCGCCAUUCGAUUCUGCCAGACGUGUUCCUUCGACACCGACCCUGCCCUGACCAGCGAGGCGACGGGAUUUGUUGUGGAUGCUGAGAGAGGGUAUAUCAUGACCAACCGACAUGUUGUUGGAUCAGGCCCAUUCUGGGGCCACUGCGUUUUCGACAACCACGAAGAGGUCGACUGCUACCCCGUCUAUCGCGACCCAGUCCACGAUUUCGGUAUCUUGCGGUACGAUCCCAAGGCGAUCAAGUACAUGACCGUCGACGGCUUGGAUUUGAAGCCCGAGCAGGCUCAAGUCGGUGUCGAGAUCCGCGUGGUAGGAAACGACGCUGGUGAGAAGCUGAGUAUUCUUUCCGGUGUUAUCAGCCGUCUGGACCGAAAUGCCCCCGAAUAUGGGGAUGGAUACAGUGAUUUCAAUACGUGCUACUACCAAGCCAACGCAGCCGCAAGUGGUGGAAGUUCUGGAAGUCCUGUGGUGAGCAAGGAUGGCUCGGCGGUGGCGCUGCAGGCAGGUGGACGAUCAGAUGGUGCUUCAACAGACUACUUUCUACCCUUGGAUCGACCCCUCCGUGCACUACAAUGUAUCCAGCAGGGGAAACCUGUUAGUCGAGGCGAUAUCCAGUGUCAAUUUCUCCUCAAACCCUUCGACGAAUGCCGAAGAUUGGGCCUCGCUCCCGAAUGGGAGGCCGCCACCCGCAAGGAGUUCCCGCAUGAGACGAACAUGUUAGUCGCCGAGAUUAUUCUACCUUCGGGACCUUCGGACAAGAAGAUUGAAGAGGGUGAUGUGCUGGUCAAAGUCAACGAUGAACUUGUCACCCAAUUCAUCCGCCUGGAUGACAUCCUUGAUUCGAGUGUGGGAAAGACAGUAAAGCUGCAGUUGCAGCGUGGUGGGGAGGAUGUUGUCGUUCACAUUGAAGUUGGAGAUCUCCACAAGAUUACCCCCGACCGCUUUGUGACUGUUGCCGGAGCCAGCUUUCACAAUCUCUCUUACCAACAAGCCAGGCUUUAUGCUGUUGCCGUUCAGGGUGUCUAUGUCUGUGAGGCGGCAGGGUCGUUCCGUUUUGAAAGCCCGGAUAAUGGAUGGAUCAUUCAGUCUGUUGAUCACAAGAAAGUGGUCGAUCUCGAUUCGUUCAUUGAAGUGAUGAAGGGUAUUCCCGAUAGGUCCCGAGUUGUUGUGACUUACAAACAUUUGCGAGACCUUCACACCCUCAACACCACCAUUAUCUAUGUUGACCGUCACUGGUCGGCAAAGAUGAAGAUGGCCAUCCGAAACGACGAGACUGGCCUAUGGGAUUUCAAAGAUCUUGCUGACCCUCUUCCCCCAGUUGCUCCUACCCGCCGCUCUGCCUCGUUCAUCGAGCUGGACCAUAUGCCCCACGAGGGAGUUGCAGAAUUGAUUCGCAGCUUCGUCCACGUCAACUGUUCAAUGCCGAUUAAACUUGACGGGUUCCCUAAGAGUCGACGAUGGGGCAUGGGGUUAGUUAUCGAUGCCGAGAAGGGCCUAGUUCUCAUCUCGAGGGCAAUUGUUCCUUACGACCUCUGUGAUAUCACAGUCACGAUUGCGGACUCAAUCAUUGUUGAGGGCAAGGUGGUUUUCCUCCACCCUCUUCAGAACUACUCCAUUGUUCAGUACGAUCCUUCUCUAGUUGAUGCUCCUGUCAAGAGUGCUCGGCUUAGCAACGAGCAUCUUACUCAAGGCGCGAAGACGUACUUCCUUGGACACAAUAGAAUAGGCCGAGUUGUGCACGGCUCUACCACAGUGACAGAGAUCACAGCUGUAGCAAUUCCAGCCAACUCUGGAGCACCGCGCUAUCGUGCCGUCAAUGUGGAUGCUAUCACCAUCGACAGCAACCUCGGCUCGACAUGUAACAGUGGCGUACUGGUCGCACCGGAUGGCACAGUCCAAGCCCUGUGGCUGUCCUAUCUUGGUGAGAGGUCAGCCUGUAGCCAGCGUGAUGAAGAGUAUUAUCUGGGUCUAGGCACGCCUACUCUGCUGCCAGUUAUUUCUGCUAUUCAGAAGGGCGAGACGCCAGCUCUGAGGAUCUUGUCCGUUGAGUUGAGAGCCAUCCAGAUGUCUCAGGCACGCGUGAUGGGCGUCUCUGAUGAGUGGAUCAAGAAUGUCACUCAAGCAAACCGCUCUCACCACCAACUGUUCAUGGUUAGCAAACGAACUUUUGAGCGCGUCGAACACCCGGUUUCACUGCUGGAAGGUGAUAUUGUGUUGACGCUGAAUGGCAAGACAUGUACUACUAUCUCGGACUUUGAUGUGAUGUACUCGCACGAAGUUUUGGACGCAGUCAUCGUCAGAGAAUGCAAGGAGAUGAAGUUGCAGCUGCCCACAGUAUGCAUGGAUGAUAUCGAGACGGACCAUGCAGUAUCUUUCUGUGGUGCCAUUCUUCACAGACCUCAUCAAGCCGUGCGCCAGCAAAUCAGUCGUCUGCACAGCGAGGUCUACGUUUCAAGCCGCAUUCGCGGAUCGCCUGCGUACCAGUACGGUGUUGCCCCGACGAACUUCAUCACCCACGUGAAUGGCGAACCUACCCCCGACCUCGACUCAUUCAUUGCGGCCACCCGUAAGAUCCCGGAUAAUACCUAUUUCCGUCUUAAGGCAGUCACCUUUGACUCUGUUCCAUGGGUCAUUACCAUGAAGAAGAAUGAUCACUAUUUUCCAACGAUGGAAUGGAUCAAGGAUAGCAACGAGGCGUGCGGAUGGAGGCGUGUAACAUAUGAGGGCAAGGAAGUAUUCCAGGGAGAGGCAACUGAUGGUGUGCCAGCCCCUGCGGAGGAUACCGAUAUGGAUUAG